CCACUUCCGGCGUCCGCGCUCGUGCACUUUCCCCUUCCGCCCGGAGCGUUGGCUUUGUUCCAGGGGGAGGCGAAGGUCAGGAUGGCGUCGCGGUGCGUGGUCUUCGUCGGCGGUUGGGGCCGAGCGCGGGCUGCAGUGUCUUCGUUGUUAAAUAUGGCAAGAUAUCAGAGUUCUCAAAGUGGCCUGCUUCAACCAAGAAAAGAAGCAGUAACAUCAUUGUCAAAACCACCUUGGCCUGAAGUCAAGUUGCCAGAUCCUGCAGAAGAGGCAAAGCAUCACCUUGAAGUUGUACAAAAUGUAAAGACUCUGAUUUCCACGGGAGCAUAUGGCAGACUGUUUGCAGUUGUCCACUUUGCUAGUCGGCAAUGGAAAGUAACCAAUGAGGACUUGAUCUUGAUAGAAAAUCAUAUUGAAGCAGACUGUGGGGAUAGAAUCAGACUAGAAAAGGUUCUUUUGGUUGGUGGGAAUGACUUCACACUAAUCGGUCGACCGCUUCUUGGGCGGGACCUGGUACGAGUGGAAGCAACUAUCAUUGAGAAGACAGAGUCUUGGCCUAAAAUACAGUUCCGAUUCAAACGGAGAAAGCGUUACCGUAGAACAAAGAUAAAGGUGCAACCUCAGACUGUUCUCAGAAUCAACACAAUAGAGAUUGCUCCAGCUCUGGCAUGACAGGGCAAACAGUCUUGCCCUCGGUCUCAGUCAAGUCAAAAGGAACUUGAGGAACCCAUCACAACACUUUGCACUGAUUUUGUCUGUGGUAUAGAGCUGCAUAUGGCACCACUAGGUGCCACUGCACCGGAACAUACUCAAAACACAGCUUGGUAUUGGAACAUCAGCUGCCUGGAAGAGUCUGACUCCUGAGGUGCUCGCUGAUAUCAACAGACUUUUCACCUCCUGCUUUGAUGAUUCUUAAAAACGUUUCAAUAAAAAUUCAAAACUUUCUAAGAACUACUUUCAAAGUCAUUUUGUGCAAAGAAAUAUUUCCCUGAUUUUACUGAAAUGCUUUGCAAUGUUCCAUUUGCUUUAAAUAUUAACUGAAGAGGAUUCAAUGUCGUUCUAUGGUCUGCUCAUACAAGAGUCAUCUCUGGUCAGAUUGAUGGAUACGUGUUUGGUUUAAAAAAGUAUUGGUCUGUCUACUAUCCCCUUGAUCAAAAUCAAUGAGCAAUCUGAUCUUAAAGGAGAAAAACUCUAAAGCAUGGAAAUCACUGUAAAAUUAAAACAGAAUUUAACAGACUCCAUGGUAAAUAUGUGCGCAGAUGCAUCUUGGCAAAGAAGGCUGUGUUGUGGUGAAGUGACCUCACUAAUUCUGUACAUAUGCACCUAUGGCCAUUUUGCCAUUCAGAAUAAUGGCAUGAAUUGUUUUGAUCAUUUGAAAUUUUACAUUCUUGGAUUUGGUCUGAUAAAUACAAACUGAAAAGCAUCGACAAUCUGUUUCUUUCUCAGCAAUAUUUAAUGUUCACUCUGAUAGACCAGUUUGUCUUUAAAUUGCAGCCGCUGUGUCAAACCUGGAUUGCUUUCAUUCUGAAGUGGCAGUUUUUCACGAGAGUAAUUGAACUUUUGAUAAUAUUGAGACACCUUCAGGGAAAUGUAAACUUUUCUAAAAAAAAAGCUGAUUCAAUUGCUGCUGAAACUGUUCAUUUUCAUCCCCAUUUAAAUUAUUAUUGGUAUAUAUAUUUUUAAUAUGCAGUUUUAAAAAGGUCCAGGCUUUUAGAGCUACCUGGAAUGGAACACAAACUUUGUCUAUAAACUAAAUUUCAACAAUGUUAGCUUGUCCAUUACAUGUACAAGGUAAUUGACAGUGAAUGUUGGAGGGAGCUCAUAUGGCAGUUUUCCCUAAAACUACAUUGUUUGCAAAGUUCUGGAGUCUCCAAAAACUUCAAGUGAGAUUAAUAAAUAUUUCACAUUUUGUUCAUUUUAUACAGUUUCAGUCACUGGACUAAUUGUUUUUUAAAGAUUUAUUCUACUUGGCUGCAUACUUGACCCUAUUAAUAAACUAAAGGCAUCAUUAAUGUAUGCUGCUUGUACAUUAUUGUACUGUAAAAUAGCAGUGAAUGAUGUACACACGCUUUGUUUGGAAUCAAAGGACACAUUGUUGAGUCGGUUAUUGUUUCAGUUAGCUCAUCUCUUGCUAUUGGAUUGCUUGGCACAAUGAAAUAAUAUGCAUAUUGAAAAUGUAUCUGUCUUAUACAACAGAAACUGGUCCAUUCGUUGCCAAAUGCUUCAGAUGUCAACCACAGGAAUACAUUGUCAAUUCCAUUACCUCAUUGCAAUGUAUAGUCAUGUUAAUUCUGAAGUUACGCUGUUCAAAAUUUGUUAUCAGUUUUUUUUGCCACAGUGUGCUGCACUAAGUAGAAAUUGGUAAAACAAUAGGAUACAUCAGCACACACAUAUCAAAAACAAAAGUACAUCUAGGUUCAAAGGCAAGAAUGGUUCUAAAGGCAAAUAUGGUCAAACAAUAAGGGCAAGUUCCUAUAGCUAAGGAAUGUUGAAUGAGGCUGCCAAGUUGUUUAAGUUAUCCAUUUUCUCUAGUGACCACGGCGAGUGGACCUUCCUUCAUUUUCAUUUGCAGCAACCUUUCUUCUUGCUGCAGUCAUCAUCUAAAUGCAAAGCAUCUUCUCUCUGUUUGUCUUCCUGUUCGCUCAGCAAUCUGUAAAAUAGUUUUUGUUUUAAAAUGAAAAUAAAGCACUCAAUCACCA